AUGAUCGAUCAAGAUGGUUUGGUACGUGGGCAUCGCCGUUGCCGGGUGGCGGGUUUGUCCCGCUGGCUCGAGAGCGAGGUGACAUUGUGCUCCGAGCUAAACAUCAAGUACGAAAUGGAGAAGAAGGCGGGUGACAAGAACGUGGAGCAUGGCUGUGCACCGAUGGGUCUGUACAUCGUUGACGACGCGUAUGUUGAUCCGGUGCCGCCCGCGGAUGCAUGGGCUGCCUUCCUGGCUUCGAGAUUCUCCAAGAGAAAGGAGCUGUACGAGAAGUUCUCGGACCAUGAGCGAGAGAUCGUCAGGAAGGAGCUGCGCCGUAUCCGGCACCUGAGGGAGUACUUCGAGGAGCACCGGCUCUCCGGGACCGACUCGACCACUCUGCUCGCGUCCCUGGAGAAAGCCCACCAUGCCUGGAGAAGCCAGGCCGGCCGGGGCUGCAAAGAGGAACUCCACCGGCUUGAGGUGGGAAUCGCUCGGUCAAGCGGCUACCGCAGACAGCAGCUCAACAGGCAGCGCUUGAUCCUGAAGAAAGUAGAGCAGUGGUCACAGCCAAACUACCAAUACGAGGAGCUCCGGAACUCGGUGGCCCCGGAGAGCUUCGUUCCCGGGCUCGACGCCAUCGACUACAACGUCGACGACAACCCGGCCGAGCCCAACUAUGGAUACAAUGGCUGGAUCAUGGCCUUCAAAAAGGGCAAGGGUGGCGUCACGCUCGACCACCCGCUCUGCCACGGCAAGUUUCCGCAUCAGAAGAUCGCGAUGCAGAAAUUGUUGUACGACGAGGAACGAACGCCCCUGAAGAGAUCGCCUGACAGGACACAGCUACGAUACUUCCACCUGCAGGCCAAUAACAUGAAAUGGGACGCCAUCGCGAGAUAUUAUGAAGAGGACAGCUCCCAGCUGGAUCCCACACGGGGCCUGUCUCAGCGCGGGCUCUACCAGCCGAGUACCAAGAAAACGCAGUCAAACACGGAGAAACUCCUGAAGAGGGAGCUCUGGCACGGACAGGAAAGGGGCGGAGGCAGCAACCACCUGCCACCUCACUCGCGCCAGAUCCGUCCCCGCUGCGCCUUCGUGCCGUCGGCGCCGUGGAAAGAAGACACUGGCGACCAGCCGGGCAGCACACCCCAGGACCACGGUCAAGGCCAGGGCCAAGUCCGUCACUCUGAGGGAUCGUUACAAGAGACGACUGAGACGUAUCUUCGGUCCUCCGAGUCUCGGGAUAUUGUGCUAUUCAUGCCCUACUUGCACUGGGAAAUCGAGAAGCGGCUGGCGAGGAUGACCAACGUCAUCCGAAAGACGCAGCAUGUGCACGAGAGGCAGUUCGCCUUUGAGCGCGACAGCAAGCGGAGAGGAACCUGGAGCUCGGUGGUCGAGCGGGCGAGGGCCAUGGCCAGCCGCAUGGACAGCACCGCCUCGGAGCUCGGCGGUUGGAGCUACGACGCGCCCCCCUGGCGGCCGCAGUCUCCUCUCGGGCGCUACAUCUGGCUGGCCGCCAAGCUCUACCAGCUCAUCGACGAGGCGGCCGACUGGCGUCUCAUCACGGACCACUUGUGCACCCAGUCCCCUCUCCAUCCCCGCCGCACGCUCGAGCAGUACUACAACUGGACCUCGGAAGACACGGCCCACCGAGACCGGCAGCAGGUCGUCUACCGCGGGACGCGCAUGAGAAACGACCCCGAGGCCAUUCCUAGGGUGGUGGUGGUCGACCAGUUAUGGCUAUGGAUCUUGGAUGAGAACACCAUCCUCACAGCGUUCCCCCGGAGAUGGGGCCGUAAUAACCCGGACCCAUCGGCUGUCCACAGGGCAAUUCGAGACCGUCUCGGUGCAGCCGACACCAAGCAGAUCACGUCCAUCUACGAGCUGGCCCUGGUCAUCAUCGACGAGUGCUCCAAGGUGUUCUUUGACCGGACCAAACCCGACCUCCGACCCGAAGUGGUCGACAUGUUUGGCUCCGCCAUUUCCAAUAUCUCGGAGAAGAAGACGGAGGCGUACGAGCGCUUCGGCCGCGACGUCAAGAGGAUGAACAACCAGGACCCCCUCCAGACGGACGAGGAGCUCCUGCGCAAGACGCUCAACAUCAAGUUUGAGUGGUCGGUUCUAAUGGAGGCCCAAAAUGUCAUCGAUCAGCUGCAGAUCAUGCAGGAGAUCUUCACGCAGCAGAUCACCGUCAUGGGAGACUUCGAGAAGGCCCUGCGGGGCUUGAGCUCCGACCCCCCAGACGGCUUGAAGACGGCCAUCGACAGGGCGGGGCAGUUGAUCUUGGACAUGAAGCUGCGACGAGACGAGCUGGCAAAUCUCGAGAAGCGGCAGGCAAACACGAGAAGUCAGCUCCGUGAACUGCUCGAUAUGAAACAACAGCAGGCUGGUAUCAUCGAGGCAAAGGCGGCAAUCCGCAGGGCAGAUGAGACUGUCAUCCAGGGCAGAUCCAUCGUGGUGUUCACCGUCGUGACCAUCUUCUUCCUACCGCUCUCCUUCUUCGCGACCGUGUUCGGUAUGAACGCCCAGGAACUCGACAGCGGGACGAUGAGCAUGGGCACACAGUUCAUGUGGAUGUUCGUCCUCUCGAGCAUCGUGAUCACCUUGUCGCUCGCCCUCGCCUUCAACGAGCAGGCUCGGCAAUGGGUAUUCAGGGCGUUCCGGUCAUGCUUCGUCUUCCUCAUACGCCCGGUGGUGAAUCGGAACAAGAACGACAGCAGCAAUCUCGCCGCCGCGUCGCCGCGUGCGAUCCGCGAGUUCAUGCUCACCAAACAGAAGGAGUGGGAGGGCACCGACGGGGCAACUUCCACCGGCUCACUCCCGCUGCAUCGGAACGAGGAGCCGAAAAAGGGGGUCACGGCAAGGUUGACACAGUUGUGGAGGCGGGAGUCGGUUUGAGUCUAUAAAUGCGUAAAAAAAAAAAAAAA